AUGAGGAGUCUAAAUGAUAUACCACAUGAGAAGUUCACCGCAGCUCGUAGUAAAGCAAAUCCAUAUGAGAAGAUUGAAAAUUACAUUUUUAUCAAUCGAUCUGCUAUAAAAUUGGCUUGUUUAGACGCAUUGUUUAGUUUUACUAGAACUAAAAGAUAUGAUCCUGUUAAAGAUUUGAAUCAAUCAAACAAUGCCAUCACUUUGCCAACAGAGAUUCAAAUACCCAAACCAAAAAUUGAUUCUAUUUCUUGUAAAAUUGAAUUUUCAGAAUCUAAAAAUAUCGAUGGAUUAAAUAUGAUUGUUGGAUCUUACUCUGAACCUGAUUAUGAUCUAUUUUGUAAUAAUGAUAUUGUUGAGAAUCUUAAUAGCAAAAAGAGUAGUCUAAAUGAUAUACCACAUGAGAAGUUCACCGCAGCUCGUAGUAAAGCAAAUCCAUAUGAGAAGAUUGAAAAUUACAUUUUUAUCAAUCGAUCUGCUAUAAAAUUGGCUUGUUUAGACGCAUUGUUUAGUUUUACUAGAACUAAAAGAUAUGAUCCUGUUAAAGAUUUGGUAUUUUGGUUUGCAGAUUUAUGUGGUGGACCAGGUGGAUUCGCAGAGUAUUUAUUAUGGAGGAAAAAUUCAUGGAGCGAAAAAGCAUUUGGAUGGGGUAUAACUUUAACUGGUGAUAGAGAUUAUGACUUGGAUAGGUUUCGUUUCGAGGCUUUAGUUAAAGAUUGUUUUAAAAAUUGUUAUGGUGCUGAUGGUACAGAAAAUAUUAAAAAUUUUGCAAAAGUAGUGAUGGAAGGAACUGAUGGUGUCGGUGUUGAUUUGGUUACAGCUGAUGGUAGUCUUAAUUUUAGAGGAAAAGAAGAUUUGCAAGAACAUCAUUCAAAACAAUUAUUGUUAUGCCAAGUGAUUGCAAUGUUUAAGACUUUGAAAAAAACAAGUAGACCUGCAAAUUCUGAAAGGAAUUUAAAACCACCAAAUCAAGAUGAAUAUAAAAGACUUUGUUUGCUUGAAUGGGGUUUAAGUUUUGAUGAAUUUGAUGACGAAGAUGAACAACAAGAGAUGGAAGAAGAUAAUCCUUAUGAUAUAGCUUAUUAA